GCAAGGCGAACGUUCGUCGUCGCCGUCGGCCCGUCAGUUCGUCACUCAUUUAAGCACGCUGCUAGCUAGGCGCGCACACACACACACACACAUACACUUUUGUGUGCAUGUAUAUGUGCGUGUGUGUGUGUGUGUGUGUAUGUACGCAUACAUACAAGCACAGAGAGCAACACACAAAUUCAAUUGGCCUCAAUAAUGAAUUAACGAAAAAAGAAGGCAACAACAACAGCGCCAAAAAGCAAAACAACAACAACAGCAGCAGCGUAGCGUGCGAAAAGUGGGCAGAAGACAAAACCGGGUGGUGUGAGGCUUAUAAAUCAAAUGUCAAGAAAAAUGUCUGACGCUGCUGCUGCUCCCGAUCAACGAAAUGUGGAAAUAAAAGCCAGCAUACCAGGCGGUGUCGAGGAAUUCGCACGCCGCGUGGAGAUUGCCAAGCAGCUGACCGGUACAAACGGCGAGAUAAUUAAACAACGCGAUGUAUUCUUUAACUCACCGCGGGGUGGACGAUUGAAGCUACGUUAUUUGGAAGCUCCAGCGCCUUCUCAAUUGGUGUACUAUGAUCGUCCCGACGUGGCUGGCCCAAAGCUGUCUAAGUACAACAAAAUCGAUGUGGCUGAGCCUGGAGUGCUGGAGAAAAUCCUGCGACAGUCUAAUGGUACGCUUGGUGUGCUGGCGAAGCGGCGUCUAUUAUUUAUACAUGAACAGACGCGUAUACAUAUGGAUGAAGUAACAGAUUUGGGUUUCUUUAUGGAAUUCGAAGUAUGCCUGCGACCGGAGCAGACGCUGGAAGAAGGACAAGUUAUAGCCGACAAGUUGUGCCAAAUAUUCAAAAUAGCAGAGGCGGAUUUAAUGACGGGUUCAUACUUUGAUGCGCUGAAUGUUAAAAUAAAUUGA